AUGAAUGAAGACUGGCAGCUGGCGACAAGUCCAGAGCGCAGGACAGACAAAACGCCGCCAAACUCCCCACACGCGGCCCGCGCCGCUCCGCCCCCUCAGGCCCCGCCCCGCGCGGGGUCGUUGCCACGGGAGCCGCGCGGGGUCGCGCACGCGGCGGCGGCGGGGAAGAUGGCGGCGCCCGUGUCGCUCUGUCACAUCGCCUGCUGCGCCAACCGGGCGGGCGGCGGCGCCGUGGCUUGGGGCCGCGGCGGCCUCUUCGCCUUCGGCAGCUGCCACGACGUCAUCCUCUACGACCCAGUGGUGAGGCGGGCGGUCGCCGCUCUCCGGGGCCACGCCGGCAGGGUGAACUGCGUGCGCUGGGUCCGCCGGCGGGACCGCGCUUCUGAAACAGAGUUAAUUUCUGGUGGAUCUGAUAAACAACUUAUUCUUUGGGAAUGGAAAGAUACAGUAACGUGGAAUAAUCAGCUUGUGGAAAGCAUUCCUCUCAAAGGCCACACGGAAGCUGUUUUUGCUGUGGAUGCUGUCUACCAGUCAGAUGAACCUGAUUUAAAUCUGCUAGUAGCUUCUGCAGCCUCUGACUCUACUGUGAGGAUCUGGUCUCAGCAUGGUUCAGAAGCUAAAUGCAUUGAAAUUCUGCAGUUUGGAAAUGGAUUUGUUAUGGAUGUCUGCUUAUCCUUCUUGCCUGGCAGCGAUGUACCAAUACUGGCUUGUGGUGGUGAUGACUGCAAAAUAAGUUUGUUUAUACAGCAGAAUGGUCAGUUUCAGAAAACAUUAGUACUCCCUGGCCAUGAAGAUUGGAUAAGAGGCGUUGAGUGGGCCAUCUGUGGUGAAGAUCUUUUCUUAGCAAGCUGUGCUCAGGAUUGUUUGAUAAGAAUUUGGAAAAUAUGUACAAAAUUAAAGCAACUUCCAGAAACUGAAGAUGAUUCCAUUAAGCUAAAAGAGAAUGUUUUUACUCUUGAAGAUGCUGACACAUCAUAUGCAGUUUCUUUGGAGUCUGUGUUGGCUGGUCAUGAAAACUGGGUGUAUGCAGUUCACUGGCAACCUUCAUUUUCCAAAGAUGGCAGUAUGCAACAACCAAUGAGGAUAUUAUCCGCAUCAAUGGACAAAACUCUGAUCAUCUGGGAACCUGAUAAAGAAUCUGGAGUCUGGCUGGAACAGGUACGUGUAGGUGAAGUCGGUGGCAAUACUCUUGGAUUUUUUGACUGCCAGUUUAGUCCAGAUGGUUCAAUGAUCAUUGCUCAUGCUUUUCAUGGGGCACUACACCUUUGGAAACAGGCUGCAGUUAAUAAGAAAGAAUGGAGUCCAGAAGUUGUGAUUUCAGGACAUUUUAACAGUGUAGAGGAUGUAAAGUGGGAUCCAGAAGGAGAGUUUAUCAUCAGUGUGGGCUCUGAUCAAACUACGAGACUCUUUGCUCCAUGGAAAAGGAAGGAAGAGACAGAGGUAACCUGGCAUGAAAUUGCCAGGCCUCAAGUACAUGGGUAUGACCUGCGCUGCCUGGCAAUGAUUGGCCGGUUUGAGUUUGUGUCAGGAGCAGAUGAAAAAGUGCUUCGAGUUUUUCGUGCUCCCAAGAAUUUUAUAGAAAAUUUCAGUAACAUCACUGGUAUUCCAAUGGAGAAACUCUGCUCCCAUCAGUCAUCUGAUCUUCCAGAAGGUGCAACUGUGCCAGCUUUGGGAUUAUCCAAUAAAGCUGUUUUUGAAGGAGAUAUGGCUGUUCAACCAGAUGAGGAUGAAGAAUCAUUUAAUACCAUUUCAAAUCAGUAUCCAGAGAUUUAUUUUCAGCCCUUGAUCCUUACAGAACCUCCACCAGAGGAUCACUUGCUGCAGAAUACCUUAUGGCCUGAAAUUCAGAAAUUAUAUGGACAUGGAUAUGAAAUUUUUUGUGUUGCUUGCAAUAAUUCAAACACUGUAAUUGCCUCAGCAUGUAAGGCUUCCAAAAAAGAACAUGCAGCAGUUAUUUUGUGGAGCACUACUUCUUGGAAGAAACUGCAGAGUUUGUCUUUUCACAAUCUGACUGUUACUCAGCUGGCAUUUUCUCCUGAUGACAGUUUUUUGCUAGCUGUUUCUAGAGACAGGAAUUGGUCACUGUGGAGGAAACAGGGUUCUUCAGAGUCAGGACCAGUCUUCACUUGCUGUGCAUACACAGAUAAAAAUACAGCUGUUCACAGUCGAAUCAUUUGGUCCUGUGAUUGGACACCAGAUAGCAAGUAUUUUAUUACUGGUAGUCGGGACAAAAAGGUCAUUAUCUGGGGCCAGUGUGAUUUGUCAGUGAUUACUGAAGGGAAUGAGCUGGAUUCAAUCAAGCCUUGUUCAACAGUGCUGGAUGCUGGAGAUUCUGUGACUGCUGUUGGUAUCAGCCGUGUGCUUACUCCUGAUGGAAGAUACAUCAUUGCAGUAGGCUUAGAAAAUGGGAAGAUUAGCUUGUACACAUGGAAGCAAAGUGGGAAAGAACCAGCACUGGCUGACUGGACCACAAGUGUUGAGAUAGCUAACAGCCAAAGUCAUGCUCUUGCUGUGAAACGCUUAUGUUGGAGACAUCAUGCAGGGAGAGCUGGACAUAACGAUGAGAACAGCAGCAAGUGGUUGCAGCUUGCAAGUUGUGGAGCCGAUCACAGUGUUAAAAUAUUCAACGUCAACAGAUUUGCUCUUUAGCAAAGACAGCAGGCCUGUUUGUGCCAAACAGAUUCACAGCAUUUUAUUUCAACUUCUAGCCACUUUGAUUAUUGAAUUUUCUGUUUUCUGCUGUGGAAAGUAAAAUAUCUGACAUGUAAUUUAUUAAAGCAACUCUGGUGGAAGUUUGAAAUGUCAAA